GCUAAGUUGAGUGAUGAAAACAUUGUAGAAUGCAUGGCUGUCUGUCUUAUACACACCGGCACUAAUUGAGGCGCUUGAAAACCUCGGACGAUUUGUUUACAGAGGUCGAUCUAGAACCAAUUCCUUGGGUGCUAGCGUACUAUGUAUUCAGAGACUCGGGCGACUCCCGUCAUUUCACUCGCCAAUUUCGUCAGCCCUGCGGCGCGGGGCUUUUGUCUCUUCAGCCAUGCGCCGGCCCGUCCCCGACUUCCAUCCGUUACUGGUUUGACAAGAACGCCGAAUCUGUCUCGCAUGGGGGGCGUUUUGUCACACGUCUGCACAAUUCAGGAACUGGAAGGCGCUCGGUCUGGAGCAGUUCGGAGAACCGUCUUUUUACUUCUUCAGACGAAUUUCGGACUUUACCCUCGACUUGACCGCUUGUCAGCGAUUCGUGUCAAGGAGCAUCGAUCAUGUGUCGGUUUUUGGUCUACAAGGGAAGCGACGAGAUCCUGCUCUCGAAGCUUGUCCUGGACCCGGCGCACUCCAUUCUUAAGCAAUCGUUCGACUCGCGACUUCGAUUGGAUACCCGCCGUGGACAAAACAAUGCCGAUGGUUUUGGCAUUGGCUUCUACACCGACCCAAAGCUGGGUGCCGCGCCCUGCCUCUUUACCUCAACCACGCCGGCUUGGAACUGUGCGAACCUACAACGGCUGGCUUCCAAGACGGCUUCCCGCUUGAUUUUUGCCCAUGUCCGCGCAACCACCGAAGGCUCCUUGAGCGAGGACAAUUGCCAUCCUUUCUGCCACGGCAGCUUGAUGUGGAUGCAUAACGGCGGACUAGGCGGGUGGAAGCAGAUCAAGAGGAGGCUUGGCGAACGGCUGGCUGAUAAGUGGUACCUCGGCGUGGUCGGGGGCACAGACAGCGAGUGGGCCUUUGCCCUGUUCCUGGAUACGCUCGAGCGGAUGGGUCACGACCCCAGCUCCCAGCCUGAGAAUGGAUUUGGGCCGACGGUACUCCGAAAGGCGAUGCUAAAGACGAUCGCACAGAUCAACGAACUGAUCGAUAACAUCCCCGAAAGUGUUAUCCAUGCCGAGAAUGUCGACACAAGGAGUCUGUUGAACUUCGCCGUUUCUGACGGCCAUAGCAUCAUCUGCACCCGCUAUGUCAGCAGCUCGACUGAUGAGGCCGCGAGCUUGUACUACUCAUCUGGGACACUUUGGGAAACCAGGGCGCCCACACCGGGUAGUCAGGACUAUCAGAUGGAACGAAGCGAUAAGGGGGCGGAUGUGGUGCUGGUGGCAAGCGAACCCCUAACGUUCGAAAGAGAAAACUGGGUGAACGUCCCAACGAAUUCGAUCCUCACAAUCCACAAUCAGACGGUCAUGGUUCAUCCCAUCAUCGACCGGUACUACGACCGCAACCCGCAGCACCGCCGCUCUACCGCCUUUGUCUGCACCAAGGGUCUCUCGGCCAAUGAGAAGGGCACCUCCAGAGCUAGCACCCCCCUAAACCUAGCCUCCACCAUCCCACUUCCCCAGUCCCCUGAACACCAUCACCCCCUCCUUCACGAACAACCCCUUAAACGUUUCCUCGGGCCCAAUAUUCCAACACAGCCGCAUAGCCUAAGAUCCCGCUCCCUGAGCUCAGAGGGGGUCUCCUCCACGUCAACCUUGUCGACCGUCCUUCGCGCCCGGACCCCUCUGGCGCACGCAGAACCCGCACCUUCGAAUACAGCGGCACCAUCCGCGGUUGGGGGAGCUGCGUCACCACCGUCAGAUGCCAGACAUCUGACGGCUCCACCCGUGAUACGCUCCGCAUCGUCGCAGCAAGCUGUCCCCGCACAGGGUAACAUCAAGAAGAAGCGGGCGGGCGCGACGCUGACUGCGCUGGAGGCGGUUAAUACCCUCCCCUACGUGGAUACCAGCCCGGUCACGCCUGAGCCGGAGAGAACAGAGUUUGGGAACCCAAACAAGAUUGCGCGGAUGUUUCCGGAGUUGGCGUUGCAGUGAUAUUGACGGCUAUAGAACUUGCAGGGUGAAACAUGUUUGGCGUCUCGGUCUGUCGGUUGGGAAGGGAAGGGCAUGGCGAAAGGCGUGCGCGAUUGGUAUCAUUUCAGCUACGCAUCUGCGUGUGUAUGCAUGUGAUGGGCGAGAUGCGUAGCUCUCUUCAACGGGUCGGUUAGGAAUUGACGUACCGGUAACAUUUGGGAACUGGCGGUUUUAGACGUGGGAUGGACUCCAAAGGCUCGAUAUCAGGCCGUGUUAAUGAAACAAACAAUGCAAAAUAUACACGGCUAUUGCUUCGAG